ACAAGUGUCCUUCAAAAAUGUCAGAUAUUUAUUCUGGGACGGAGGUUUACCACGUUCUGGACACGGUUGGAAGAGGAACUUUUGGCAAAGUCACAAAAUGUUGGCGAGGAAGCGAUGGAGAAUUAGUUGCGGUAAAAAUUAUGAAAACGGAUGUCCACAAAAGUCGUGUAAUUAAGAAUGAAUUGAAACUUGUAUCCGUCCUUUGCUCUGCAAAUUUGGACAAGAGUCAUAUUGUAAAAUUCUACGAGGCUUUUCCUGGCCCAAAAUGUCAUUACCUGGUAUUUGAGCUGUUGGAGAAGAAUCUGUAUCAACUUCAAAAAGAGAAUGGAUUUAGACCAUUAGCCAUACGCAAUAUUAGGACGAUUACUUAUCAAGUGCUUAAAGCCCUUGCUAAACUCAAGGAGUUAGCAAUAAUUCACGCUGAUCUAAAACCGGAGAAUGUCAUGAUCGUGGAUCAGUCUCGCCAUUCCUUUCGAGUCAAGGUAAUCGACUUUGGCUCAGCCAGUCUCUUCAACGAAGUCCGUUUUGUAAGAGAGCCAUACAUCCAAUCAAGAUUCUACCGAUCUCCUGAAAUACUUCUUGGACUACCAUUCUGUGAAAAGGUGGAUAUGUGGUCCCUAGGCUGCAUAAUAGCAGAGCUUUUUCUUGGAUGGCCUCUGUACCCUGGAGAGUCAGAAUAUGACCAGGUGCGCUUCAUUUGUGAAACCCAGGGAAUUCCACACACCCAUCUCCUCAAUUCAGCAAGCAAGGCCCACCUAUACUUUAAACUAAUAAAGAACAGUCGUGGGGCACCUAAAUGGCAGCUAAAGCCUCCUGGUUCUGUUGGCAAAGCUGGAGCCACCCAGUCCACAGAGACAGCAGGUUCUUCUGGGCGACGAAAGUAUGUCUUCAGCUCUCUUGAUGAACUUGAGUCUGUAGAGGUUCCUCAAACAGAUGAGGGAUUCCGUAAUGAGGAGAUAGCUGCAGAAAUUAUGGACCGGCACUGCAUGGUAGAGCUCCUGAAGCGAACGCUGACGUUGGAUUCACACCAGAGGAUCAAUCCCAGCGCAGCCCUGCGCCAUCACUUCAUCACCAUGCACCACUUGCGUACUGCCCAGGAGUACAAGCACUAUUACGAGAUGUCUCGUCGCUGUCUGCAGGAGGCAGUGGCCCCAGCCAGAACUUCUGGUGGAGAUGGUGCCAGACCACACCGUCUCCAGACAGAGGCCCAGCCCCAACCUCCGCACCCAAGGGGUGCUUACCAGCCUCAACGCUCCGCUGCUGCUGCGAAGCAGGAGCAUCAGCACCACAGUGGCAGCUGCCAGGCAGCCUUUGCUGGGAAGUGUGCAACCUCAGCAGUACACAGCCAACACAAUCUUGUCUACAGCCAAGUACGCAAGACUACAAAGCAACUGGAUGAUCUGUGCAUCGUGGAUGAGCAGGACAUGGGCACCUCUGACACAGUCUCGUCUGAGGAGUCUGACCGAGCCUAUCAAACUCCAGAUGGACAAGGGUCUGACCCGGACAACUGCCCUGCACCCAACAAGGGCACAGAUGAAGAAAUGGGUGCCACGGGCUACUCUGCCGACCCUGGCGCUCGCCAGGAGAGAUCUCUGAGCGAGUCAAUAAUGUCGUAUUUCAGUAGUUUCUGUCGGAAGCAGCACAUGGCUAAGCCCCCUCAGACUGAAGGUGCUGGUCCAGGGCCUUGUGGACCGCAGCACGAGACUGCCCAAGAGGGAAGUCUGAACCAGUCGCUGGUGCUCUACCCUCAAGACGACUCCAUGACUGAGCAGGAUGUGGAUCCGCCACAGGUCUUCCUAGCAGAAACCCAGGAUUUUCUACUGGAAGAAAUGGUCACCCAGGACCUUCUGACCCAGGUUCUUACCCAGAGUGUGAUAGAAAGCCAAGACGGUGACAUCCCAAUGUCCCAGGACAUGGUGGAUGACCACAGCGUGAACUAUCCUGAAUUCAGGGACCAAGCUGUGCAGGCUGGUGGGGAAUACGUCCUGCAGUACUUUCCAUACGAGCCCGAGGCUCAUCCACCUCAGUGGCCUGAUCCCAACAGCUGGAUGCCCGAUGCACAGAUGUCCACCUUCCACACCUACGGCCCCUCUGCUCGCAAUGGAGGGUGCGCACACGACUUCAUGCACUACUGAGGUCCUGGAGGGUGCAACACAUGCCAAAGCAAGGAAAAGCGCCUGACGUAAUUGGGUCCGUCCUUGGUCCCAAUCCCUCCUUUUGAGACCCUUAGACUUGUCUCCUAAGUCCGUGUUGCUUCAGCUUUACACAAGGUUACAAACCCUGUCAGAUGCCUUGUCUGUCCCCGACCUGCAAGAAGUACCUGGCAAUUUGCAAUUAUGUCAGAGAUUGAAGAAAGUUGAUGCUAUUGAAUGAUGUGUAUUUAUUAAAUAA